ACGUACGUACAUGUACAUGUACGUUUACUGGAUCGGACGCUGUACGUGUAUUUUGUGUAAACCGUAUUUUUCUCUGCCAAAAUGUCGACUCCUAUGAUGAGCCAAAGGACCAGCACACGGUCCAGCAAGACCGUCAAACAUGUCGUCAGUAGCAGCAGCACCCGGUCCUCACCGAGGAGUCCGACGGCCAUCACCCGGACCCAAGAGAAGGAAGACUUGAUGGACCUGAACGACCGCCUGGCUAUCUACAUCGACCGGGUCCGGUCUCUGGAAUCAGACAACAGCCGACUCAUGCUUCAGCUCUCGACCGUGGAGGAGACCCAGGCACAGGAGAUCUCCAACCUGAAAUACAUGUACGAGAAAGAGCUAGCUGACAUGAGAAAAUUGCUGGACGACACGGCGAAAGAGAAGGCCAGAUUGCAGAUCGAACUCGGCAAGUACAGGUCGGACUUGGACGAAUUGAAACCCAAGUACCGGAGGCUGGAGAAAGAUCUAGACGCGGCCAACAAACGCAUCCAGGCUCUGGAGACCUCCCUUGGGGAGAGAGAUGGCCGCAUCAGCGCUAUGAUGUAUGAGAAGAAGCAACUGGAUGAUCUGAUCAAUGAACUCAGGAAGAACCUGGCACAUAAGGAGAAGCAGCUGAAUUCUUCUAAGAAGCAGGUUGAGGAGGAGACAGUGCUACGUGUUGAUUUGGAGAACCGUCUGCAGAGUCUCAAGGAAGAGCUGGAAUUUAAGAAGCAGUUGUAUGAUGAGGAAGUGAAGGAGCUGCGUAGCAAGUCGGCCAUCGAUUUCACUGAGAUUGACAGCCAGGCUCGCAGCCAGUAUGAGAGCAAACUGAUUGAGAGUCUACAGGAGCUGAGGGAACAGCAUGAGCUGCAGACCAUGCAGCUACGUGAGGAGACCGAGUCCAUGUUUGAAUCCAAGCUGAGUGACUUGAAGGCCCUUGCUGAGCGUUACCGUAACGCCUCAGUCACCAGCCAGGAUGACUUGCGAAUCAUGCGUACCAGGGUGGAUAACCUGCAGUCUGAACUGAACUCCAUCAAGGCUCAGAAUGAUGCUCUGAUUGCUCGCAUCAAGGACCUUGAGGAUCAGCUGAAGAUGGAACAGGACAACCACUACGAGGCUCUGAAUGACCGUGACAAGGAGCUCCAGCAGCUACGGGAUGCUAUGGCCCACCAGAUGCUGGAGUACCAAGAGCUGAUGAACAUCAAGCUGUCCUUGGAUACGGAGAUCGCUGCCUACCGCAAGCUGCUGGAAGGAGAGGAGACCAGGCUGAAAAUCACGCCAUCCCCACCCCGCCACAAGUCCCACCCUACUCAGCGUCAAGCCCGUGGAACCAAGAGACGCAGGCUUGAUGAGGAGGAGAGUAUGGUCCAGAGCUCUACCACCACCGGCCUGGUGGUUAUCAUUGAGAGUGACCUCAAGGGCGAUUUCAUCAAGCUUCAGAAUGCAUCGGAUCAGGAUCAAGCCUUAGGUGGCUGGCUCCUCAAGCGUCAAGUCAACGGCGGGGAGGAGCUGAGCUACAAGUUCUCCUCUAAGUACGUCCUGAAGUCUGGCAAAGAGGUGACGGUCUGGGCCUCCGGGAGCGGCCAUGGUCACAACCCACCCUCGGACUUGGUCUUCAAGAACCAGAAGACCUGGGGUUCUGGCAAGGAGGUUGUCAGCACACUGGUGGAUGCAUCCGGGGAGGUGAUGGCUACACGCACCAUGAGCACCACAUCGAUCAGCUAUGACGGCGACUCUCAGGAGGUGGGCAAUGAAGAAUUAUUUCAUCAGCAGGGCGAUAAUAGGGGAUGCUCCAUCAUGUAAGCCUGCCGACUGUGAUGUCAUCAUGAUGUCAUUGUGAUGUCAUCAUUAGUGCAUCCAGGAGAGUAACAGUUGGACAGCGUCAACUUGCAGAAGGGUCAACUUUUGGAAGUUAAACCAAUUGGUGCUACUCUUAGCAUGCAGUAAGAUGUGAAUUGGCGUAACUUUGGAUUCCUCCGCACAAAGAACAUCCAUCAUUGUUUUUAAUAGUACUUUUUACUUCCACAUAGCUGUUAAUUAGAUGAUACGUAAGGGUUCAAUAAGGGAAUGACAAUGUGCUGAGCUGAUUUUGAUUAUCAUGACUAUGCAGAGUCAGUCGCCUUGUUCAGAUGUGGUGGACACAAGAUGAGGGCGCUAUUUGGUUUGGCUAACCACUUCGCGCCGGCAUUAUGUUGACAUUGACCGUACCCAGGCGCGGGAUUGUUUUUCACAGACCUCGAUGCCACAAGGGUUCAGGCUGUCAUCUGCAGGUAGCACACCCUGAUAUUUCUGGCCUCACUCGCUGCGAGCGGGUCGCAGACAGAUAUUUCUGGCCUCGCUCGUUGCGUGUUUAUCCGUCAUCUGUUCCGAAUACCAAAAAACAUUUGCGUGUAUACACAUCAUCUGACGUGAACUGGUUAAACCAAAAUUUGAGCAAAGUUGUAUUUGCCCAAAUUUAGCCAAACCUAAUAGCACCCCCUAUUGAGUCAAUAUUGUGUAUGCGAAUCUCAAAAAAAGGGUUAUGGAUCUAGCUGUGGAGCUAUUGAGAUAUGUCAUGCCCCUUCAGAAGUCGUCAUUGACAAUACAAUGUAUUGAAGAAAGUAUAAAAGUUUGUGGGGGUUCGGCUUGCUUUAAUUUUGUGCACGAACGUAUCUGCAGAGGCACUCCAAAACAGUAUGGACACUUAUGUGAUAGUAGGAAAGUCAGGGCUGGGGCGCGUGUAAGGCCCUUUUCUUGUGUAUUAAAAUGUUUAAUACUUGGCCUUUCAAGUGUACGUGCUUCAUUCCCUGAUCUUCCUAUAAUAGGAAGAGUUUGAUAAUGCAUCGGCUCAAGACAGAACCCAUGACCACUAGAGAUGGCAAACAGGAGGUACAGGUAGUUUCAAAUGGUUAUAAACUUAUUAGUUAUUGAAAACAAUGUGACUUGUACAGAGCAAAGGUAGUCUUAGCUUCAAUUUAGAAGUAGGGCGAAGUAUUUUUGAAUGAAAAGUUUUGAUUUACAUGUAAUCCAAAGCAGUAGCUUUUGCAACAUCGUAUCGAAUAACAUGUUUUGCUUUUUUAAAUCUCACCUGGUUAGUGUACAGGUUAAUAGUUUAGUUUUAUGCAGCAAAUGACCAGGAUGAUAAUUAACUUUUUGUGUUUAGUUUAUAGGCAGUCACAUAGGUGCUUUUGUAGAUUUUAAGAUUACACUUUACAUGGAUCCGUCAUACGAGAAAUAUUAUGGUGAUUGUAAACAAGGAACCAAUUCCGUUCAAAGUCAGGAUUUGGGGGGGGGGGGGUUUGUUUUUUACUUGUUUAUUAUUUCAGUUAAUGAAAUUUGAGAGUUCUGCAAAGGAAACUUAACAAAAAACGAGAACAGAAUGCCAAAUAAUUAGCUCCUGUCUCCCCGUCGACCCAGCAAGGUCUUUCCAUCUUACCGAUCUUCAAAGUAGUGUUGGUAGUUUGAUACCAAUUCAGUGCCGUAGAAGUUUAUUUCUGUACAGCAGGCCUUUAAUACCUGAAGUCUAUUUUUCGUUACAUGUUAGUUAUUUAAGUAACAGUACCCAUAGUUUUAGGCAGUCUAGGCAAAACAUGAAAGGGAUCCCUGUGGUUUUUUCAUUUCUAUGAAACAGUGUGAAAUACGCAUAAACGUCUCCCAAUGGGACACGCACGGUUUUUACAGACUACAGUAAUGUGAAUUCCGACAAGUAUUAUUCAGUUUUGUGUAAUGUUCUCAUUUGGCCAGUCAUGAAUCCUAUUGUCACUACCACGGCGUAACUUUUGCACAAGGUGCUCUUUUUGAGUAGAAGCAAGCCCACCAUCUCAGAGUUAACCUUGAUUAAAGUUUACUGAAUUUUUCUUGAGGAGUAGGUUAAAAUAUUGUUAGAUUGGUUCGCUGAAUUUUUGAUAUGAAGGUCCGUGUUUGUAUGUAUUGACUUGCAUGCACAUUGCCUUUUCAUCGUGAAAAGGUACAUGUCUCUGGAAAGACUAGUAUGUUGAUUUGUUUCCUUGUGGAAAAACUUAACAUGGUAAGUUACUAAAGAGCUUCGACAGGUGUUUGAUCAUGCAUUUUUUUUACUUCAUGAUAUUCUAGAUUUUGGAAUGUAAUUUAAUUAUGGCGGAAAAAUUGAGCUGGAUUCUUGUUGUAGGGAUGGCUAGUUUACUUUUUGAUUCUUUUUGUCAUGAAAAAUACACGAAGUGUUGGAUGUAAUUGUCGGAUGUUUAGGUUUUUCGAUUGAUAUGUAAGUUGUGUGGUUUUUCUGGUUUUUGUUGUUGACAUUUUAACAUGGCACUAGUUUGCUGUUCUGGAUUCUCGAUGUGGACUGGUCCUGAUGUGUAUAGAAUGCACUGUAUGACAAUACUAACACUUGCCUUAUGUACUUUAACCUUUGGUUGUUUUUUUGUAAUGCUCGAUGAUUGGUUUCAUUUCCAUUCCAAACUUGAUUAUCAUGUGACAAUCUCAAUUGAAAUCCUAGGAGUACCUUGCCGAAGUAUUUGAACUGGACCAUUCGUAAUACACGAAUGGUUAUAUUUUAUAAGAUGAAUAUGCAGUUCACAUGUAAUGUGAUUUGUCAGCCAACCUGAUUAUUCAAAUGACAUUUAAAAUCAAAAUGACAGUAGACCUUAAAUAGUAUUUGUAUUUACACCUAAAAAGAAAUGGCUGAAUUAGAAAUGGUAGACUGCAUGCAUAUGUCGACCAACUGCCAAAAAGUACUUGCUAAAAGUGGCAACAUUGCAGGCGCAAAAGCUUGAACUAAUUUUAUUUCCUUGUUGAUAUUAACAUGAUUUUAUCAAAUUACAAGAUCAUGAUUACAAAUAGAAAAGUACAUUUUAAAUUUUCAUAUGUAGUUUAGAUUCACCGAAGUUCAACUUCACGGCUGAAUACUUACUUCAUUUAUUUUAUAAGAGGAUUUAGGUUUAUUAUUUCAUAGCGUAUCUUAUGCCGAUCUUUGCAUGUUGCGAGGUGGUCAAAACCUGGAGGUAAAUUACAAUGUACCUUUUGACCAUUUCUGUAGUGUUUGUUGUUUUAGGUUAGACAAUCAUGAUUUCGUUGUUGAAUUAGUUUUAUAGAGAUGUUGAAAUAAAAAAAGACUUUUUUUCCACUGUGACUUUUUUUUUUGGCCACUGAUGGUGUUUUGUAAUGGUUAAAAAUUAGGAAUUUCUGGUGUCAGAAAAAAAUGGAUUUUAAAAAUUCAGCUUUGUAUCUGAAAUAAAGAACACAAAAAUGUAUUUGGUACGCAUAGUUCAUAGAAAAUGGUGUGAGAAAAAAACAUCGCAGUAUGUUGAUGGAAAACCUGAAAGGAUAUCUUUGGGUUUAGGACCAAAGUAGUUAACAGGAAUAGUUGCCGAUUCUUUCGGUCGCUCUGAUCUCGGAAAGAAUGAUGCAACAUGACGCCACUUUUUUCCUCAUAUACCAUCUAUCUCAAUUAAGGUCAGUUUGCAAAAAUGUUGAAAAGACAUGAAUCUAGGACUGAGAAACAUUUCCAAUUUGGUUAGGAAAUACUUAGAAAAUGUUCUUGACUCUCCGUAGACAUUGUACACGACCGCUGAAGUGGCGUCUGGAUACUACAUUCUUUACCUGAUCUCCCCACCGACUGAACAGUCCUUAUGUUGCCAAGACUAGCACUAUAAAGAAAGUUCAGUUCAUUUGUUUUACAGAUUAAGUAUAAUACACUGCUAGUUUUAAUGGUGUUAGGUUCUUUCCUUUUGAAUAUUAAGAAUAAACAUUAGAAUGUGCUUGCUAAACUUUACAA